UGCGCUCGAAAUUGUGCUACUUGGAUGCCGUUGUAGAUAGCGUGCGGCAUCCAUGGAUGUCAACCACAUGGAGCUUGCCUGAGAGUUGUACCGCCUUAUCACGAGUACAGCAUGAGAAUAUUUCUGGAUGUGAAGGUACGAGAUCGGUCGCUUUCAGCAGCGUCAACGUAAUGGUUUACGGAGUCGCCAGAUCUGCCAAGUUUUAUUUCCCCGCAUUUUCAAAAUAUUUUACUUAAAAUUGGAUGACCUUUAAUAUCAACGCCCAGUCAUGUCGCGCUCGUGUUCUUGUGUGGAAGUGCUGUGUGAAGCAGAACCUCGGCAAAACAAGCGUGUUAAACGCUCGGCCGUUCAUUGCAAAUGUCAGAAGCCAAAGUUGGGCAAGAAGUCCAAGCAUCCUCUCGUGCCGGAGCAGUCCAACCGAGCGGCCGGUGAUCCCGCUGUCUUAAUUCCUGAGGACCUCCCUCGCUGUAGUAUCGAGGCGCUGAUCAGCCGCUAUCCGCUGCUGCAGACGCAGUUCACCACCGUGGUCAUCCGCGGCAAGGAGCUGCGCCAUGCCGGUGUCUUCCUGCCCCGCGCUCUCAACUACAGCCUAACUCACCGCCGUUUGGCCGCGCUGAUCCCGUGUCGACAGCGCAAGAAGGUGGAUAAGAAGCUCAAUCUGGAACGCUGUGUGGCGCAGCUGAGGGAGCGCGUCAAAACGGCCGGUGCGGUCGUCGAGCAGGUGGCCAUCAACAGAUCGGAGCCAGUCACUUCAGAUAGUCGUCAUCCUGCCAAAGGCGGCUCGCGCGUCCGCUUGUUCGUUGUUGUGUACGGCAGCAGCGACUGUAACAAGGAGAACGAGAUUAACGGGGGACUGAAUCCGGAGGCGAACGAUGACUCUGUCAUGGAGGUGGUGAUGAAUGAGCAUUCGCCGUCUGAUGAUGCCGAGGUGGGCUACGAAUACGUACUGAUCUAUCCGGCGGGCGAGAGCUACCAGGUGUGCGACAUGGCCAUCCUCAGCAACACCUGGCGCCCGGCGGGCGGGCACGUCUGUCUGGUGUGCCGGAUGCGCUGCGACUCGCUGAUCCACCUCAUCCGCCAUCUCGAAGGCCUACAUCGUUCAGUGGGCUGCGAGUACGAUCCAGAGCUGAAGCGACUGUACAUCUGGUUCGCCCCGGAACACGAGUUCACGCGGGAUCCCGUUGCGGGCAUGCUGGACCGCUGGGAGCUGGCCCGCAGUCGCCGUCCUUUCGGGGUACCGACGCACUACAAGAAGGCACAGCCGGUGAUGUGCUGGACCGGGCCCAAGUUCGUUCGGCCGGAGAACAGAGUGGCCGAUACGCUGCCGGUGUUCAGCAUGCGGAACAUCCUGACGGUGUACGGCGUGCCCAUCACCCCCCUGCGGCACCACCUGCACAGCAACACGGUGCAGCCGAUCCGGCCGGACCGGCUGCACAUGGUGGAGCACGACAGCGACGACGAGCACGACAAGAUCAUCGACUGCUCGCCGGCCGAGAAGCAGCUCAUGUGCCAGUGGAACACCUUCACGCGCCCCUUCAACCCCGUCUUCUCCAUCGGGCUCAAGGACCUCCUCUGCCGCUUCGUGCAGCAGCACUGCGCCGGGCUAGACGCCGGCGAGGCCUUUGCGCCGCUCUGCGCGCAGCUCAGUGUGCUGCGCCGACUGCGCUGCUUGACACAGGAGGAGGCGCUGCAGGUCAUCCGGGUAUGGCGGGCAGCACAGCGGUGUGACGGAUACGCCAUGGAGCAACUGAAACGCAAUUAAAUCGUGAAAUAGCCGCGGAAUUUCAGUAUACCGGGAAAAGGUCAACACGUUCAACGGUUCUACCGGUAUUUCGUUUCGGCACUCAAUGCUUAUUGUGGACUUCCACUUUUUAUUUGCUGGAAUGUAUUAUACGAGUAUAUUAAGUCCUUUUGUGUCUUAUUCCUUAUGUGUUAUAUUGAGUCCUUAUGUGUCUUAUGCUUUUUAUUGUACGUCCGAGCAUUUGUUGUUAUAUACAUUUGUUGUCCUGCAUUUGUUGUUAUACAAUGUGUGUAAGAAAAUAGUCAUCAUGUGAUUUGUUAUUUAUUAGUGAUGCGAUUGAUGU